CGCACCUGUCCUGCAGGCUCCCUGUUCGUUCUUGCCAGUGCCGGAAAGUUUCGGUAGAGCUCUAUGUUAGUACUUCACACCAAUUUAAUACAUGUUUUUGGAGGACGCGCUAGAAACGAGGGUAGGUACAGGUUUUACAACUUAUGUCCGCCGCUGCCGGCGGAAGCGGUGGCAGAAAUGCCACCGCCCGCGGUCGAACCAGCAGAGCUUUACUACAAGCGGCACUGUUGCACUUGACGGACCUGCUGCGCACGCCAGCCGGGCAUCAGUUUCCUACGGCCCGAGCUCUCAUGGUGCGUCGCCGCGGCGAUGACCUGCCGCUCGCCACCGAAGUCGAAACCGCGCAUGAGCAGUUGGAGGAAAGCGGGGAGGCCGGUGCGAAAGCCGCGCGCACCGCAAACACGGUGGCGGCAGUGUUGAAAAUCAAACAGCAUUUGAACGAGCUGGCAACCAUCACGAAAGCCACCGAAAAACAGGCAGUGGACAUGGCGCACAGAAUAUGCUCCGUGGUCGCGCAUCUACUUAAGCUGCACCCUGCUCAGUAUCUCGAGUCAGUACCUACACGUCGGGCUGGAGUUGUAUGUUUUCUUUGUAGUUUCAAGUACUACGAGCCAUACAAUUUCUAACUUACUUACGAUGAAGGUCGAAAUCAUGCAGAGAUGGAGAUCGCGGAAAGAAGGAGAAACAGUCGCGCCACAGUGGUGGAGCGGCUCCAAUUCCCUUGUAAAUGGAGUGCGCAGGAGGUGAAGUUGUGGGGGACAAAUAGAUUCUUACGCAAGCAGGCUUUGUUCGCUUUUUCAUACGGGGCGGACAGCGCUGGAAGUGUUGAGGUGGAGAUGGUCGCACAAAGAAACCGGGCUGCAACGGCGCUUGACACAACGGUCGCGACGCUGCGUGCGUUCAAAAAAAAAGCAGCACAGCUCGUGGCGACGGCGGAAUCCGGGGCAGAACAGACGGUGACGAAGAAGGAGGAGCCCACUGUACAGGGGCUUCAGCAGUGGAAGCUCCAGGUCCUGCACGAUCCUGCUCGCGAGGCCCAGUUCGCCUUCUUUACAGCGAGCAAACCCUACAAACAGGCCGGGGAGUUGGUCGCCGCCGCAGUGGGAAAGCUGCGGGCCAAGGCGGCGGCCGCAGAUCGCGAAGCCUUCGCGGUCCGGGAAGUAUGAGAGUGCACAGCUACUUCUCCUCUCCCUCAUUUGUCGUACACAGCACCGAGUCUACCCGUUGCCGCUUGGCACUGCUUGCGUGACAAGUUGCGGAAGCCGAAAUAGCACUGAGAGUCGGUCGUCGAUUUGUCAUACAGCAGUUUAAUAAGCUGCAUGAUUACUUACUACAGAUACUUUCCAAACAAGCUAACGUUGCUCUGAAUGCCAUCCAAAUGAGGGGGUGGGGAAGUUGCGCAUACUUAUAGGAACAAGCAAGCAGCUAUGGAAAGACAGCGGGGCAGCGUACCUAAUUAUGUUGUGCAAUACGUCAAUCGGAAGAUGUGAUCGUCGUGUGACGAAGAUGCCUUGUGCGAGAAUAAUCAUGUAUGCGAAUACGAAUGUGAAUUAGAAUUUGUGCUCCUAGUACCAGCACUAGCUAUGUAGCUUUUUGUUGAAGAAAUGAAAUGUUGCGUCGAGAUAGAAAAAGCCUAUCCUUCCGUCUCUUCAGGAAUCCACCCCUUUCUCCGCAACACGGACGUUGCGCAAGUCCGGCAGCUUCAGGCGAAGGCGGACGCUUUGUCGCUAAAGGGGAACAAGUAUGCCACGGAAGCGGACAAGUUUGCGCUGCUUAUCCCGAAGUACGCACAGGCAGCGGACUGGGUCGGGGCGGAGGCCUAUCGUAAGGAAAGAUCCCCCCUCCCAUAUUGAAAACGUAUCCGUCUGAAAAUUUGUGAUGCGCAUUUGUGACCUCAAAUCCUGUCUGUCUUGCAAGAAGGCAAAUCCAGAGAGCGCCCCGCAUUUUGCAGGCGGUUUGUGAUGCUGUUGGGCUUAGGGCAUACACGUUGGCCAUGCUAGGCGCCUACGUCAAAACCUCCCGACUGAGGCUUGACAUAUGUCUGCAGUCCUCUACUUUAAGACAAAUCUGAUUUGUGUACGGAAAUCCAGCAUCAGAAACUUCGUUUCGAUAUGGGGAAGGGGGAUUUUUCCUCACGAUAAGACCGCACAACGGAUUGACCCGACGGUGGUGCUACCACCCUUCACGUACUAUCAAAUGUAAAAAUGUCUGGGUCUGGAAACUUGUGAUGCUGGGUGGCGUCUCAUGAUGAGGCCACAAGUGCUGGCUCAGCAUGACAAGUUUCUGAGCUUCUAGGUGUUGCCUAUUCUGCAUGACAAACUGCGUUUCUGCAUCACAGAAAAGUGGACCUCUUUGGUAACGUGCGUGACAGAUUUCAGAGUCAUGCCAGACAAGCAUGACAAACAUGCAUUCUUCCAGACCCAGACAUUUUUGCACUUGAUACGUACGCUCUGCCCCCGAUCGGCGGGGACCUGCAACUGCCGGGUGACGAGUGAAGAUGCAGCUGCUUGUUUGAAGAGAGAUUCGAUCUCGAAUCUCUCUUCCAGACUGGAAGUACACAAGGCGACACUUCUAGUAGAGCGACAACUGCGAGUAGAUGAACUCAUGUUGAUUUACGGUCCUCAUGUGGUCCGUGUGCAACAAGCAAAGCGUCCGUGGAGAACAGCAGACAAUAACUACAACAAGAUGUCCCGUCGCGUUCGAUACUUACGAUCUUUGUUUUCACGAUUAUAGAUGUACGCUCCUUGAACUCGAAAAAAUAAUUUUUUCCGCCGGUCUUGACCGGUUCUUAGAUUUAGAUCGGAGCUGACGAAGAUCCUGGAUCUUCACGGAUCUAGUUUAUUAUUACACUGGGCGGAAGACCACGUACACGUUGCCCUUGCCGCAAGCGCAUAGUCCUGCACGAGAGUCGGCGGGUCGAUCCAUCGGCCCAGUGCAAUCGAUUCGGCCAUUGUUUCUGUGUGAAUGCUACUUAUGCCGAUUGGUUCUGCGAGUUAAAAAUAUUGUUCGCGUCACCAAGAGAAGAG